AACGAUCUAGCCCUAAUUAAUUAGAAAAGAAAACCCUUCUUCUUCUCCAAGGCAAAAAAGAAAAUAAAAAAGGAAAAGAAGAAACCCUCUCUCUCACGUGGCUCUCGCUCCAUCUUUUUUGCUUAAACCCUUUUUUGAUUUUUCUCUUUAUAUAUCACCCACCGCUCCGCCCAGUCUCCACUGUCUCUCAAACACUCGCAAAAAAACCUCCAUUGAUUUGUCCUCUCUAGACCCUUCUCCUUCGUUAUCUCCGUCAAAGUUCUCCUCCUCUUCUCUCGCUUUUCCAAUGGCUGGUGGAAAGAUUAAGAUCGGAAUCAACGGGUUCGGCCGUAUUGGUCGUUUGGUUGCUAGGGUUGCUCUCCAGAGGGACGAUGUUGAGCUCGUUGCUGUGAACGAUCCGUUCAUCCCUACUGAUUACAUGACCUACAUGUUCAAGUACGAUACCGUCCAUGGUCACUGGAAGCACUCUGAUGUCAAGGUGAAGGACGAGUCUACCCUUCUUUUCGGCGACAAGGAAGUUAAGGUUUUCGGUCUCAGGAACCCAGAGGAGAUCCAAUGGGGCUCCGUUGGUGUUGACUUCGUUGUUGAGUCCACCGGUGUCUUCACUGACAAGGACAAAGCUGCUGCUCACUUGAAGGGUGGUGCUAAAAAGGUUGUCAUCUCUGCCCCAAGCAAAGAUGCACCCAUGUUUGUUGUUGGUGUCAACGAGAAGGAAUACAAGCCGGAGCUUAACAUUGUCUCCAAUGCUAGCUGCACCACCAACUGCCUUGCCCCCUUGGCCAAGGUUAUCAACGACAGGUUCGGAAUCGUUGAGGGUCUCAUGACCACUGUCCAUGCCAUCACUGCCACUCAGAAGACUGUUGAUGGACCAUCAAACAAGGACUGGAGGGGUGGAAGAGCCGCAUCCUUCAACAUCAUCCCAAGUGGCACUGGAGCUGCCAAGGCUGUUGGCAAGGUUCUUCCAGAACUCAACGGAAAGUUGACGGGUAUGGCCUUCCGUGUCCCAACUGCUGAUGUCUCAGUGGUCGACUUGACCGUCAAGAUUGCCAAGUCAGCUACAUAUGAGCAAAUCAAGGCUGCCAUCAAGGAGGAGUCUGAGGGUAGUCUUAAGGGUAUCUUGGGAUACGUCGAUGAGGAUGUUGUGUCCGCUGAUUUCCUCGGUGACAGCAGGUCGAGCAUCUUCGAUGCCAAGGCUGGAAUUGCAUUGAACGAUAACUUCGUCAAGCUCGUGUCUUGGUAUGACAACGAGUGGGGCUACAGCACCCGUGUUGUUGACUUGAUCUGCCACAUGGCCAAGACCCUGUAGAUGGGGAGAUCAGAGAGUCGGGAAGGAUUGGAAAGCAAGGGAUGUGUUUCUUUGUGUUGAGUAUUUCCCCCCUUCCCAUGUUGAUGAGUGGGUGGCGGUUUGUUUGUUGACGUGGUUUUCUUUUCCCCAAAGUUUUAGAGAUACAGUGGGUAUCAUAUCAUUUAUAGCUGUUUCGGAGGAACCCUUUUGCCUAUGAAAUAAGGAGAUUUAUUAGUUGCAUUCUGAGUUUUGACUUGGAUGUUCUGAAGCUUUCAAGUAAAAAAAAGUUCACGGUCAUAUUUCAGAUAAAAAGUUGUGUUGAUCAAGCUAAUUGCCUUAUUUGCCCUCCCCACUGCCCUUUUCAAGUUUCCUGGUUUUAUUGCUUGGUUUAUUGUGGUGUAUUUGGUCGUGAGUAGGGCUGCAAAUGAGCCGAGAUGCUCGCGAGCGGCUCGGCGUUCGACUCGAGAAAAGUUCGUUCGAAACUCGACUCGUUAAUAAACGAGCCGAACACGAGCUCACCUUUGUCAGCUCGUGAAGCUCGCGAGCUAGCUCGACUCGGGGGUUUGUUGAGCUAAACUCGUGAGCUGGCUCGUUUAGAGCUCAUGAUAUGUCUUAACAUGUGGCUAGAGAGCCAACUCGAUUACCAACUUAUGGAUGAAUCAAUCUAUAUCUUAUGAUUUUAAUUCAUAUGAUUGUUAAAUUAUAUAUCUCACCAUAUAUAAAGUUUAACACGUUGA